ACUUCACAGGUCACAAUGAAGACUCUGGUGUUUGUGUCUCUCGUGGGAUUAUUCCUCCACGACACGACGGCAGAGAUGCACUCUCUGAAGUAUUUCCUCAUGGCGUCUUCUGAAGUCCCAAACUUCCCAGAGUUUGUGAUUGUUGGGAUGGUUGAUGAUAUUCAGAUAGAAUACUACGACAGUAACAUCAAGAGAGCAGAACCCAAACAGGACUGGAUGAAGAAAGUCACAGAUGAUGAUGCUGAAUACUGGGAGAGGCUCACUGAGAUUUG